AUUUCUAUUCCACUGAACUGUAACGCUGAUUUGACAGCAGAAUCAACAUUGAGCUCUUUCUCGUCGAAACACUUCUCAGUUAAGACACGUUGUGAAAGAGCUGAUCCAAUAUGCAGAUUUUCGUCAAGACCCUCACGGGCAAGACCAUCACACUUGAGGUCGAGCCUUCGGACACUAUCGAGAACGUUAAGGCCAAGAUCCAGGACAAAGAAGGAAUCCCACCAGAUCAGCAGCGUCUUAUCUUUGCCGGAAAGCAGCUGGAAGAUGGACGCACACUGUCCGACUACAAUAUCCAGAAAGAGUCCACCCUUCAUCUGGUGCUGCGUCUGCGAGGUGGUAUCAUUGAACCCUCUCUGCGUAUCCUGGCCCAGAAGUACAAUUGCGACAAAAUGAUCUGCCGCAAGUGUUACGCCCGUCUGCAUCCGAGAGCAACGAAUUGCCGCAAGAAGAAGUGUGGCCACACCAACAAUCUGCGCCCAAAGAAGAAGCUGAAGUAGACGUCUCGAUUAUUGCUGUUUUGUGCUUUGACUGGCCGUUACCAUCUGCCGGUCCCAAGGGACAAAGUUUUCAUGUAUACAAGUGGAAUAGAAUCCAGAUGGAUUGAAAAUGUCCCAAGAAUAUAAUGAAAGAAAUAAAAAUAAUGUCAAAUGCAUUAACAGUGAA